GUAACCAGCCAGAUGCAGAUGUGCUGGAAAAGACCAUUGUUAUUGCCUGCUGCUUAAUACAUGAAGUACAACUUUUAUAAAAUUCCAGUAAGCAGUGUUAGAUGUUUGAGACAAUAUGAGAUGGUAGGCCAGCUGAGGUGUAAAAUAUUGGAAAAUAAGAGUUAAACUUUUUAGAUAGUAAAAAUAGUCUUUUAAAGCAUUAGUAAUAGUCUUUAUUUGUAAAUCAAGACAAAUUAAAUCCCAAGUUCAUCCUGCAGGUUAAUAUUAUGCAUAAACUACUACAAGCUGGUGUCUGCUAAUGGAAAAUUAAUGAUAACAUUUUAAAGGCUGCCUUUGUAGAAAUGUGUAUCAUCUGCCCCAUUAUCAUCUUCAUGCUAUGAGAAAGGGAAUGCUAUUUUGGCUACCUGAACAGGGUGCCUUUGCCUUUGAUUCUUGCAAAACUGCUGUUUUUAAUCCAUGCAUCUCUGCAUUCCUGGGAAGCUAGAGCUAUUGCCAGCAGACUUUUCUGAAUAAGCAGUUUUGAGCUUCCAAGCAUGUGCUUCUGCAUUAAGCAAGAGCAAUGACAUUUUGCAGUAUAACUGACAGUCAAAACCUGAAGAUUUUACCUCUGCUUCUUUGAAAUAGCGAUAGACCUUUGCUAGUAAAUAUGCGUAUUUCAUUUAAUGUAAUUUUGAUUUCAUUGAAAACUUCUUGCAAACACUGGUAGCUUUCUUUGCAUUAUCUUUAGAAUUGUUUUGCAUGAUUUGUACCAUUUUUAAAUUAACAAAAUGCAGGUAAUCAUUUGUUGUAACCAGUUCCAUAAAUUACGUUUCACAUGCAGAGUUUCAUAUAUGUAUUUAGUUGAGUUCAUUGCUGUGUUUAAAUGCACACUUGCUGAAGAUAUUUAGCAUGUAAAAAGCAGGGUUUUGAUACCUUAACAGCUUCAUAUUGAAGCUGAUUUUACUCUAAGCAAGCUCAGUGGCAGAUCUGUUAUGUGACGUGUCUUGUUAGAUAAAAAACCUACUGCCAGAAUCUCAUUAAAGAUACUGUUUAAACAGUUUGUAUUUAUAUUUUUGUACUUGAGGGCUACAGAAUGUUGACCUAAGUCAUAAAGCUGUGUUACUUUAAUUUAGUUGUUUUAGAUAACUGAAAAAAAAAAACUUUUUAAAAUUAAAUGUGCACACAAGAAAACACAAGCAACCAUUUGUUUUUAGUUUACAUUAAAUUCUCACUGUAUCUUCCAUUGAAAUACUAAUUUCUGGGCCUUCUGUUAGCCUUUAACAAAUGCCCAUCCAUCCCAGGUAAUCAAAUAUAGAUUGCAUUUUUUGAUCCACCCCUUUUUUUCAUUGCACAGGUGCUAACUUAGAACUUACCUCUAUUGCAUACUGUUUCAAAUGUUGUGUUGCCAAGAAUUUCAGGACUUUUAAGACAUUGAUUAUUAGUCUGCAUAACUAAAAUCUGUGGGAGAAAGAUUAUUUCAUAUUGCCAUUGUACAGAGAAAUUGUCUUCAAGUUCUUGGGAAAAUACAACCAUUGAAUUGCAGCAAUGUGCAUCUAAACAACAGUAAGAAUAUUUUCAUCAACUAUUUUAUACUCUUGGGCUUGAUGUUACCAAUUCUAGACACUUGUCAGUGAGGUUAAAAUAAAGAUGAGAUGCAGUGAACAGUAGGGGUUUGAUUUGGGGGUUGUGUUUAUUUUUUUGGGGUUGUUUUUUUUUUGUGAUGUUGCAGUUUUGGUAAAAGGACUUGUAAUGAACAAUAACAUAAAUGCUCUGUCCUGUGUGAUACCUUAUUUGACUUUUACACAACCACCUGCCACAGAAAGAAAUAAAARUGGAAAUGAGACCCAGUCUUCCAAAUACUUAAGCCGGUAUGUUAUUUUAAUUGUGUGACUGUAACUAUSUCUUCUGCUCAGCUGUAGGCUUCGAGUGCUGUUGUCAUGCUUGGGAAGGGGUGUAGCCGCUUAAGGGGCUUACAGGCUUUAUCAGUUCACAAGAAAGCUGCUUUAGUAUUGAAAGGGAAGCGCUGCAGUUUGCAAUGCGUUAACAGAUGUGCUGCGUAUCCUCUUGCAUCCCUUUUUUCCUGAAGGAAAGGGAGAGGUUGGUCUCAGCCUKCAGCUUUCCUGAUGUGCCCAUGCCGAGGUCUUGGGACAGUAAUGGGGGGUAUGGGUGGUACCUACACCCGCGUUCCAAGUUUCAGCAGAGGGACAAAGCARAAAACUAGCAAUGUCGGAAUAAGAGUGGUUUAACACAUUUUUGCCUUCUGACAGCAGAUGAACAAGCACUCCUGUAUGUGGUAUUUAACUUUUAUCUCUUUUUUCCAGAAACAUUUUUAGACAUUUGAAAUACAGUUAUUUUAUUUUUUASAAUGCAAUUUUUUUACGUACGUGGUAAGACUUAUCUUUGUUUUAACUGUGUGUGUGCGUGCGGUCCAGCGGCCCCGUGAGGCCGCGGUCCCCCCCCGGCGUUGCCAGGGCAGCGGCGGCCGCUGGAGCGGCUAUCGGCCGCCAUGAGCAGGAAGGCGGGGACGUUCCUGGUGGAGUCGCUGAUCCGAUCUGCCAAGCACUUUAACAAAAGCGAAGUGGAAUGUCUGAUGAAGCUCUUCGACACGCUGGUGGCCAAGUCCAGCAGCCACUUUGCUGGGGCCGGCUUUGACCGCAUCGUGUUCCGAGACACCCUGCACAGCGCCUUUGGCAUGACGGAUGACGUGAUGUUGGACCGAGUGUUCAGCACUUUUGAUAAAGAAAACAAAGGCUCCAUCACUCUGGUGGAAUGGGUGGAAGGCUUAGCUGUGUUACUUCGGGGGACACUGGAAGAGAAGAUGAAAUACUGUUUUCGAGUUUAUGACCUGAAUGGUGAUGGAUACAUUUCAAAAGAGGAAAUGUUUCAAAUGCUGAAAAACAGCCUUCUCAUACAACCAGCAGAUGAAGAGCCUGAUGAAGGAAUUAAGGACUUGGUAGAGAUAGCAGUGAAGAAAAUGGACCAUGAUCACGAUGGCAAGCUUUCUUUUGAGGACUUUGAAAAAUCAGUCAGAGAUGAAAACCUCCUCUUAGAAGCCUUUGGACCGUGUUUGCCAGACAUAAAGAGCAGUAUCAUAUUUGAACAGAAAGUUUUCCGGGAAGUUCCUAUGUAGUAACUCCAAGUUAUCACUGCAUUGUUGAACACUGUUAAAAGGGAUCUUGGUCUUCACCAUUCUUUGUGAUAUAGUAAAAACAGUAAUAGUUUCAAGUUGCUCCUAAUUUCAGUAUUCCUUUUGCUGUAGAAGCUAUUGAAUAAACAGAAUUUACUUCUGUAACUCUACCUGAGUUCUUCCGUGUGAGUUACGAAAUGCUACAAUAUGAGGUACACAGAACAACAC